AUGGGAAUUUUUUUGUUUCAAAAUAAGGAGACAUGCCAAUCCAGCCCUCCAAACCAGGUAGAUUGAGUUGGCAUAGGUUAGGGUUUUUUUUUUUGUUCUGCAAAAUUGUGGAGGCGGGACAAUUUAAAAGGCCAACCGGAAAGUUCAUUUUGCGGUUGCCAAAAGCAAAACCGCCUCUGUCAUUCCUGCAUUUGCUGAAUUGAGAAAGUAAAAGAGAGGUCGGAGGAAGACGAUGGCGGAGAGCCGUAAGAGAGGAAGAGAAGCUCCGGCGAUAGGAAUCGAUCUCGGAACCACUUACUCUUGCGUUGCAGUUUGGCAGCCGCAGAACAACCGCGUCGAGGUCAUCGCCAACGAUUUAGGCAACCGUACGACGCCGUCUUUGGUUGCAUUCGACGACGUUCAACGCCUCAUCGGCGAAUCUGCCCAGAACCAGGCCCUACUCAAUCCCUCCAAUACCAUCUUCGAACGACGUGAAGCUCUGGCCAUUCAAAGUCACAGCUUGCCCAGAUGGAAGAAGCCUAUGAUAGUGGUGACUUGCAAUGGUGAAGAGAAGCAAUUUGCUUCCGAGGAGAUAUCUUCAAUGAUCCUCCAAAAGAUGAAGAUUAUUGCAGAGGCAUAUCUAGGCAAACAAGUAAAGAAUGCUGUUAUUACUGUUCCUGCCUACUUCAAUGAUGCACAACGUCAAGCUACAAAAGAUGCCGGUAUCAUUGCUGGGCUUAAUGUCUUGCGUAUCAUCAAUGAGCCCACAGCUGCUGCAAUCGCCUAUGGUUUGGACAAGAAAGGAUCUGCAAGUGGUGAUCCUGUUGUAAAGAACAUACUGGUCUUUGAUCUUGGCGGUGGGACUUUUGAUGUCUCUAUUGUCAGAUUGGAGAAGGAUGUUUUUGAAGUCAAAGCAGUUAAUGGAGACACACACCUUGGCGGAGGGGAUUUCAAUAAUAGAAUGGUGAGCCACUUUGUAGCUGAGUUUGAGAGGAAACACAAGAAAGACUUGAGUGGAAACCCUAGGGCUUUAGGGCGGUUGAGAGCGGCUUGUGAGAGGGCCAAGAGAAACCUCACUUCAGCUAUUGAAACGUCCAUUAACAUCGAGUGUCUCUUUGAGGGCAUUGAUUUCUCUUCGAGCAUCAGCCGUGCGCGGUUUGAGAAAAUGAAUUUGGAUCUGUUCAAAGAAUGCAUGGAACUAGUUGAAAAGUGUAUAAAGGAUGCCAAAAUGGAGAAGGGGGACAUUCAUGAUGUUGUUAUGGUUGGUGGGUCCACCCGGAUCCCUAAGAUUGAGGAACUGUUGCAAGAACUCUUCAAUGGAAAGAAGCUGUGCAAGAGUAUAAACCCAGACGAGGCUGUUGCCUGUGGAGCAGCUUUUCAUGCUGCAUCCCUCACUGGUGCUUGUUUAGGUAUGAAUAAGGAUGUUGUGCUUGUCGAUAUUGCUCCAUUAUCUCUUGGGAUUUGGGUGCAUGGCGGUGAUAUGUCUGUUGUGAUUCCGAGGAAUACUACCAUCCCUACAAAGAUGACAAAGCACAAUUACUCAACUGUUCAUGACAACCAAACAGGUGUUCGGAUUCGGGUGUUUGAGGGGGAAAUGCCACUAGCACAUGACAACAAUUUCCUGGGCGAAUUUUCCCUCCACAACGUUCCUCCAGCACCCAAAGGUGUUGCUAAGUUUGACGUUGAUUUUGAAAUCGAUGCCAAUGGCAUCUUGACCGUGUCUGCAGUACUAGUUGGCAGCAACAACAGAGACCAGAUCAGUAUAACCAAUCACAGUGCUAGGUUGUCAAAGGCGGAGAUUAAUCGGAUGGUGAAGGAGGCCGAGGAUUACAAGGCUCAAGAAGAGAAGCGCAAGAAGGCAGCCGUGGCUAAACAUGCUCUAGAGAGUUACAUUUACCACAUGAGGGACAUUUGUAGGGGAAAUAGGGUAGGGAUGAAAGACAGGAUAGCUUUGAGAGAUGCAAUUGAGAAGACGGUCCAAUGGUUGGACUGGAAUAACGUUCUCGAUGAUUCUACCAAGUUUGAGGAGAAGAAGAAGGAGCUCGAGGUCUUAUGUAAGUCUGUCAAAACCUGUGUCAAGCCUGAGAUUAUUGAGAUAUUGGACUGACAGUGGCAGAUGCUAUAUAUAGAGGUCAGGGUUUUUGAAUACAUUAUUGGAGGCGGG